UUUAUAAACCAUAUCGAACCAAUCUUCUUUGUUGUAUUCGAUUUUGACGGGGAAAAAAGUAUGGUCAAAGUAAUACGAAAGAAGAUUAAACGUCACGGAGACGCUAUUUUGGAUUAUUAGAUUUCGAAGACGAACAUUCGUAAAAGGAUUCGAGUAUUUGCCUUAAUUGUGGAUUAUUUGUCAUCUUCAAGCCUUUACGAGAUCAAUCCAUCCAUCGUCUGCCAUGGAGGAUUCUUCCACGCCUACUGCUACGUCUUCGACUCAUUACUUCUCUAUUUUCACGAACUACCCUCUCAUCUCCGCCUUCACGGCAUUCGCCAUCGCUCAGUUCAUCAAACUCUUCACCUCCUGGUAUAGGGAAAGGAGAUGGGAUCUCAAACAGCUUCUUGGGUCUGGAGGAAUGCCUUCUUCUCAUUCAUCUACUGUUACCGCUCUCGCUGUUGCUAUUGGUUUGCAAGAGGGUUUUGGUGGAUCACAUUUUGCUAUUGCCUUGAUCUUGGCAUCUGUUGUUAUGUAUGAUGCUACCGGUGUAAGAUUGCAUGCGGGUCGCCAAGCUGAGGUUCUCAAUCAGAUUGUGUUCGAACUUCCUGCUCAACACCCACUGGCUGAAAGCAGACCAUUGCGCGAACUUCUCGGCCACACCCCUCCUCAGGUCGUUGCUGGUGGAAUGCUUGGAAGUGUCACAGCAGUCACUGGAUACUUGUUUACCAGGAUAGCUACUAGCUAACGUGAACCAACAAUCAUACCCACAACUCCUCUACCUAGUGAAACCCCUGAACAGUGAACAGAACCGAAAUACACUCUAGUAUAAAUAUUCUUAUUUUUUAAUGUUCUACACUUUAUGUAAAGAAAGCUUAAAACACUAUUA